GCCACCUCUUACCACCGUUACAAUAACUCUUUCUCUUCUUUCGUGCAUGAAGAAUAAGUGAAUAACCAUGGAUUCGGAAUCACAGAAGCGCUCUGCAUCGAGUUCUUCUUCUUCUUCUUUCUCCUCGUGCGCGUCGGAGGAUCGGCGCGUCGAGACAGAGGAGAUUGAAGCGGCGGAGACUCUGGCUGACCUGGCACAGUUGGCAAUGCUCGAGACUGACUCUGCCGGUAAAUGGUGCAGCAACGAAGCCAAACGAGACACCAGGCGAUUCACGCGCGAGUCACCGACUCCUGACUCGGAUCUCUCUCACUCUCCCCCUGCGCCUGGGGGCCAGGCUGUUACAGGUCAGCAUCAAGAUGAAAAAAUAUCUACAACUACAUCCGCAGAAACAGAAAGGAUUCAGAAGGAUGACUGCUCUAGACAUAUGAAGGGGGAGCAGGAUGCUGAUUUAUCUAAGACUACAAGUUACUCUUUGGUUCGUGGCAGCAAGUCAAGGCGUAAUUUAACUGAGGAAGAAAAAGAAGAACGGAGGAUACGCAGGGUAUUGGCCAAUAGAGAGUCAGCUAGGCAGACAAUUCGUCGUAGGCAGGCUCUGUGUGAGGAGUUAACCAGAAAAGCCACCACUUUAGUUCUGGAGAAUGAAAACCUGAAGAAGGAGAAGGAGUUGGCUUUGAAAGAGUAUCAAUCUUUGGAGACUACGAAUAAGCACCUAAAGGCACAAAUAGCCAAGUCAAUAUACACUGAAGUGGAGAAAACUCCCAAUGAGCAGGAGUCAUCUGUGGCUGAGGUAACACCUUUGUCUCGUAAUAGUCCAUGGUUUCUUUAUAACCAUUUCCCAGUUUCACAGUUAUUUUGGCCUUCCAUCCUUCAGUCUUCUAAUCCAAUUCAAUUACAACAUACAACAACAACCUCAGUUUUACCUCAAACUAGUUGGGGUGGGCCAGUUCAAUUACAACAUACACCAUUUAAUUCCAUUGUCAUUCCAUCAAAUGUUUAUGUUCCAUGUUCUUCUGAGUCUGAAUCUUUUCACAAGCAAAAUAACCUUACAAAUGAUAAUCGAACACAACAUCCAUUGUGCUUGUUUCCAUGUCCUUGGUUAUUCCCUCUUCCAGAAUUUGGAAAUGGAAAUUCACCAGCUUCCAGUGGCCCAAAAGAUAAACACGAUGAACUUCUUCUGGGUAAGCAAUGUAGUUCUAGUUCAUCUUUGAAUACAGUGGCAAAUAUGGAUUAUCAAGCAGUUCAACCUAUCAAACUUAAACCAGAAGUUUCUGGCUGGACAGAAGCUAGACCUAACAAUCCAAGAUUUCCUUUGAAUGGAGGUAAGCAGAAAAUAGGAUGUCACAUUAUAGACAGUUUCCAUGGACCCACACUUGUUUGUAAUGGUCAUGCUUCUGCUGUCGAGCAAGACCACAAGCUUCAAUUACAUUUUUCUCCCAACACUGAGGUAUCUUCACCAGCUUCUCAUAUUGAAAUUUCUUCAUUGGAGAAGAAACAAGAACAGUUCAUAUGCCCAGGUAAAAAUCUAGUGGAUGCAGUUGCUGCAGCAGAGGCAAGAAAGAGGAGAAAGGAACUAACAAAGAUAAAAAGCAUCCAUAACCGCCAGUCCCGGUUGCACUGUUGACUUCUUAACACACAUGGUUAAAAGUUCAGUAGUGAGUGGAAGUUCAUGCAUUACCAGCUUUUGCACCUACUAGCUCGAUGGAAAAGAAGAUUUUGGAGAUUGAGGAGAGUACACAUUAACUGUAUCCAUUGAAGGCUUUUGAAGGAAGAGAAGUUUAGUUCAAAUCAUGUAUAGCACACUUUAAAGGUUAAGUUUUUCUUCAAUCAUCUUGCUUGUUUCAUUUUUAUUUAUUUACUGCUACUGGGAUUUUUUUCUCUGGAAAACGAAAGAGAGAAGUUAGUUUCCUAAAGUGGUGAAGCUGACCAGAUUUUUUAUGGUACUUAUUAUGAUCUGGAUUCUUCAACUUUCAACUAUGUUUCAGAGCAGUUAAUCCUACAAAUUAUGUGCACAAUAAGUCGUAUGAGGAAGGAGGGAAGAGAGAUAUUUAAACCUUCGUUUUAUACUUGUUACAUCCUUAAAUCAAGAAUAAAGAUCCUCUUUCAGGGGAAG